CAUAAUGGAACGCAAAGCCAUCUCCAUAAAGUGAAUCUCCAGAACCAUGAACUGAAAAAUGGAUAUGGAUUUCCCAAUCGCGAGCUGUUACAGGCUGUAUGGCGCAAGCUCCGCAAAAGCAACAACAAUUGGCUAUGAUACCAUACAUUGACAUGAGUUCCAAGCUUAUGCCCGUGUUGAAAAGAAAACUUGUCGUUGAUCGUGAACCUCACGAGGUCAAUGUACCAGAAAACGUACAAAUCGUUCAAAAGAUGCAACAGUUGGCCGUCAUAACAUACAUCAACAUGAGAUCCAAAUUUAUGCCGGUCUUAAAAAGAAAACCAGCUUGUGUUUUUAAGCCUUACUUGGCGAACACACCAAAGAGCAUCCAACUUGUUCCAAAGCAGAAACAGUUAUCUAUAAUACCAUACAUAGAUAUGAAACCAAAACUUAUGCCAAUGUUUGAAAGAAAACUGGUGCUUGCUUAUAUUCCGUAUGUUAUCAAGAUGGAAAAGAGCGUACUUGAUGUCCAAGAGCAGAAACAUUUGGCUUUAUUGCCUUGUGUCGACAUGUCAUCAAAACACAUCAUCAAGGAAGAUGACGUCGAUAAUGACGACAUCUUGGAAUCUCAGAAUUCCCAAGAAGAUGAGUUGGAUGACUUUGUAGUGCAGGAGCAUGACGAACAUCACAUCUUUCAGAAUAUGAAGGACGAAGAUGACAUUGACAAUGAUGACAUCGUGGGAGUAAAGGAUACCCAAGAAGAUGAGUUGGACGACAUUGAAGUGCAGGAGCAUGACGAACAUCACGUCCUUCAGAAUAUGGAAGACGAAGAUGACAUUGACAAUGAGGACAUCGUGGGAUCAAAGGAUACCCAAGAAGAUGAGUUGGAUGACAUUGAAGUGCAGAAGCAUGACGAACAUCACAUCCUUCAGAAUAUGAAGGACGAAGAUGACAUUGACAAUGAGGACAUCGUGGGAACAAAGGAUUCCCAAGAAGAUGAGUUGGAAGACAUUGAAAUAUUGGAGCGUGACGACCUUUCGGAUGAUUCUGAAGACGAUUCAUGCCAUUCGGAAAAGGAAAAGAACAAAUCUGAGCCACGUGUGUCUAUAGAUCCUUCGGAGCCGUUGACAGCAGCCUACAUGAGCCAGACAUUAUUUAAUAAUCUCAACAUUGUUCUGUACUUGAAGAUAAACGUUCUGAUGCAUCAACCGACUAUCGUCGUAAGUAGAAAAUUUAUAUCACUUAGUCAUCUUAGUCUUCUCAAGACGAGACUCGCAAAUGGCGUUUUUCAAAUUCACUAA